CCAAAGUCAAACAUUACCUUCAAGCAGAAACCACUAACUGGUAACUAACGAUGGCUUCAUACGCAUCCGGAUUCGCACCUCGUGUGUUGCGAUCAACCAUCCGCGCCCCAUUGAGCCAUCAAUUCCAGUCAACAUUCCAACUGCAGCGAGCUGCCAUCUCACGCAGGUUCCUGACCACUCCUGUAGAGCAACCUCGACUACGUCUUGGAUCAGUCGCACCCAACUUCAAGGCGCAGACUACUCAUGGCGAUAUCGACUUCCACCAGUUCAUUGGCAGCUCGUGGUGCGUUCUCUUCUCGCACCCGGCGGACUUCACCCCCGUUUGCACGACGGAACUUGGUGCUUUUGCGAAGUUGAAGGAUGAGUUCGAGAGCCGAGGAGUCAAGAUGAUCGGUCUUUCCGCCAACGAUCUAUCAUCCCACGCAGGAUGGAUCAAAGACAUCAACGAGGUCUCCAAGACCGACCUGCAAUUCCCGAUCAUCGCGGACGCGGACCGCAAAGUCGCGUUUCUGUACGACAUGGUCGACCAGCAGGAUCUGGACAACAUCGACGAGAAGGGCAUCGCGUUCACGAUCCGCUCGGUGUUCGUCAUUGAUCCGCAGAAGAAGAUCCGCCUGACGAUGAUGUACCCGGCGUCAACGGGACGGAAUUCUGCGGAGGUUCUGCGGGUGAUUGACUCGCUACAGACGGGGGAUACGAAGGGUGUGACUACGCCGAUUGACUGGCAGACUGGAGACGAUGUUAUUGUCCCGCCUACGGUCUCAACGGAGGAUGCGAAGAAGAAAUUCGGCAAAGUGAGGGAGGUCAAGCCGUAUCUUCGAUUCACUACAAUCUAGAUUCGUUCGAGACCGCUUGUUCGUUCUUAGACAUGCAUGAAUACAACAGAAGAGCUUAUAGGAAUAAAUAGAUUGCUCAGACACUAAGCCGAUAAAAUACCGUAGAUCCAUCUGUCCUUCAAAACCGCUUAAAUAUGCUAGUGUCUUGGAGUUGCGAAAUUCCUAGUUCCAUUUCAAUAUAACUAGACAUAGAGUACGCAGUACAUUCGACGUUCAGAUAUAAGC